ACAUUUUAGGUUCACAUCUGUGCGGGUGGUGCCGCUGCGGAUCUGUGCAGCCGCACCACCCACACAGAAGAAUGCGGACCCGCGGACGGGUGCCAUUAGUUCUAAUGGCACGCCACCCGCACUGGAAAUCGCAACCACACUGGGAACCGAGGUUCCCGUUCGGGCUGCGUUUUCAGAAGAAGCGCAUGAACUUCUAUCCCUGUGUGUCACGGGGCACGGGAGUCCAUUCAAAUGAAUGGGCUCUCGAGCCCGUGCAAAACACUGCCUGCACGGUCGCAUAUAUGUGA